AUGGCCGACUGGGGGAUGGGCAGGGAGAACAUCCAAUCAGGGCUCUGCAAGGUGCCAUUGAUGAGUUCUGCUGACAGGGAUAGGUUGGUUAUGAGGGAAGUGGGCGUUGUCAUGUUGCUCAUCAGGUCAUGUGACAGGGUCAGGUUGGUUGUGAUUGGUUGGGAGACGCGUGUGGCGCCGUAGCUCCCCUAGAGUGCUGCGUAGCCGAUGAAGGUGGUGCUGCUUAGGUGGUCGUAUUUGCGGAAAGACAGGAGGCCGGCGAUCAGCUGACACACUCCACCUAUCAGGAUCAGGCGAACACACAACACUGUUAGUGAUGUUAAACAACCACCUAAAAACACACAACACUGAUCCGAACAGGAACGAACUGAUCCCAUUGAAUAACAUGCCUAACACCCCCGGCCAUAGAAACUGUCUGGAAAACCAUCCGAGGUUGCCAUGGCGUCUGUCGUUUUAGCUACAGCUGUAAAACAACAGAGACAGUAAUAAUAUUAUAUGAACAUGAGAGAGAGGACAGCAAAGAAAACAUUUAAGAGAAAGACGGAUGAAUGAUGAACAUACAAGCUAUUCAGUACCCUAUUAUUCCAGCAUCGGUCUGGGGUGGUGUUUAGCUAUAAGGCUCUAGGCUGGGGUCCCAAAUGGCACCCUAUUCCCUAUGGGUCCUGGUCAAAAGUAGUUCACUAUAUAGGGAAUAGGGUACCAUUUGGGACGCAGCCCUAGACUGGUGUGGUUGGCUGGUCUGUCUGUCAACACUCUCCUACAACCCAGGGCUAAGAAUUCCUCUUGCUCUAAAUUUAAACCCAGUAUUGGCUCAUUCCUGUCCUGCCAGUUUCUUUAUUCUGUGGAAUGGAAAUAAAGUAUACAUGUGUUUUGGACAAUAAACAACCAGAGGAUAUAUUUGCAGAGUUGAUGAUGUCACUGGCCCAGUCAUGGAGGAUAAAUGUUAUGUUGACACAGGUCCUACCCAGACAGAGAAAAACAGGCAGCAUUUAAGCUUUUUCGAGCAGAUUAGAGCUAGAGGAGAGAGAGAAAGGCGCGAAGCGAGCGCGCGCAGAGAGCGCGGCGAGAGACUUCUCUCGAUCUCACUCUAUCUCGCUCGCUCUCUAUACUCUCUCUUCUCUCUAUCUCUCUCUCUCUCUCUCUCUCUCUCUCUCUCUCUUCUCUCAUCCCUCCCCUCCCAGUGACAAACACAGGAGCCACAGUACAGUAAGGGUGACUGGAGGGAGUCAGUGUACAGCAGGUGCCUAGAGAGAUAGGAGGCUGCUGCCUAGCCAACCUUUCUUUACUUCCGUUCCCUCUUUCCCUGAGACAGUGACAGGAGACAGAGCACACUUAUUUACACUGUAUAUGUCAGCCUGUCUAUCAUCAUAUGCAGUCUAUCACAUAUAUCUGUUAGACUUACAUAUAUACAGUAUGUGUCUGCAAGUCUAUUAUCAAGCAGUUGCAAGACUGGCUUUAGUACAGUAAGUAGUAGAGUAGACUGAUUCUAGUAAGUAAUAUCAGACCUCUCUCUCUCCAUCACUAUAUUACCAUCACUACACUACUAGCCUCCGCUAACUUUUCAGACAACUUCUCCACAGUAUUGUAAGCUGUUCUUUACAUUAUCUAUGUUUUCAUGACAUGGUAAAUAUUUACAUAAGAUACCAGUUAUUUCUAAUCAUGCCGUGAAUGUUUGAAUAUAAUAUUCUGUUAUCCUGAAACUAGCCUACACUGUGCAUUAACACAGAAAUGAGAGGAGAUGGAUACAGCAUGCAGUUAAAAGGGAAAGAGUAUUUACCUGUUUGCAGCUGAUGAUGAUGAUUAUGAUGAUGAUGAUGCUCGGACGGAGAAAGAGAAGACGCGAUGAUGAGUCUGAUCGGACAGAGAGAGAAGGCGUUGCUUGCUAGAUGUUCUGGAGGAAUGUUGAAGUUUAUCAACAUAAAUAUCCAAUCCUGAAAGUGGGAGGAGCUCCAGGAGUUCUUCCGGCCUCACCCCCCUCACCCCUCGAAAGGUGACAUCACACCUUACCUGGGUUGUUCCAUGAAAUUAGUGCCUGUUGUGUCCCUUUGAUAUUUUAAAGGUCCAAUGCUGACGUUUUUAUCUGAAUAUAAAAUAAUUUCUGGGUAACAAUUACGUACCUUACCGUGAUUGUUUUCAAUUAAAAUUGUGAAAAAUAAACAAAAAUUGCUUCUUAGCAAAGACCAAUUUCUUUAGCAAAGAUUUUGCUAGGACUGCAUGGGAGAGGGGAGAGGAAAACUGAACAUAUGUUAUUGGCAGAGACGUUUGGAACUCUUUCUUCCUGGUCUAUUAGCCCUGUGUAGCUCAGUUGGUAGAGCAUGGCGCUUGCAACGCCAGGGUUGUGGGUUCGAUUCCCAUGGGGGGCCAGUAUGAAAAACGUAUGCACUCACUUACUGUAAGUUGCUCUGGAUUUGAGCAACUUAAAUGACUAAACUGUAAAUGUAUUAACUAAUUUACUGUCUGGUGAUGUCAACAGGCAGGCCAAAACUCCAUCCCACCAAAACAGGUUUCAAACAGUUCUUACACUAAAUGGGCAUUAUCACAAUUUCACAGUAUUAUUCCAACCUCAGUGUGAAAAUAUUGUAUAUUGUACAUAGCCCCCCCCUUUCUAAACCCUAGCCCCUAGGGUUACAAAACAAAAUCCUUAAAACGACCCGGAGGUCGCAUCAGUCUCUUGUGCCUCCCCGUGACUCUCACCGGCGGACCCCCAGAACACUCAUCUGCCCCAAUGUCAUUUCCAGCGCCCUCCGAAGAGGCAGCCCCCGCCCCAGGCUCAGGUUGUGCUAGGGUCUCCUCGCUAGACUGUUCCCGUGGGCUCACAUCAGAGUCCUCACUUCCAUUCCCUACCGUUUUCCUCCCUCUGUAGGGCGCCAAUCGGUCCUGGUGGACCACCACCUUCCUGCUCCGUGGGGGAACCUCCACCCGGUACGUCACCUCCCCCACUCUCUCUAUCACCAGACACGGCCCCACCCAGGCACUGUCCAGCUUUGGGCACCGCCCCUUCUUGCGCGUGGGGUUGUGAAGCCACACGCGUUCUCCCGCUCCAAAGUGUCUCCCCCUAGCGCGUGAGUCAUAGUGGCGCUUUUGGCGCAUCCCUGCGUUCUCGAGUUGCUCUCUUGUGAAGGUUUGAGCCGCUUCUAACCGGUUCUGCAGACGACAAACAUAGUUCGGGCCAGGCAAAACCCCGUCGUCGUUAUCAGGAGGGUGGCCAAACGUUAGUUUGGCUGGGAACACGACCUAACAUUAGUAGCGCUGGGGAGCACGCAGUCGAUUCUUGAACAGCCGACCUACAUGCCAUAAGAAUAAAUGGUAAGUGGGUGUCCCAAACUCUCUGGUGUUUUGAGGUGACGAUAGCCAGCUGUUGCGCUAAUUUCUGUUAAAUCUUUCCACCAGCCCAUCACUCUGGGGGUGAAGCGGAGUAGUGCGCGUCUUCUCCUCGCCUAACCGUCUACACAACUCUGAGAACACCUGUGACUCAAAGUAUCUCCCCCGGUCACUGUGAAUAGACUGUGGCACCCCAAACCGACUGAUUAUUCCCCCUAUCAACGCAUCAGCUACUGUCUCUGCCUCCUGGUCUGGGAGAGCGUAAGCCUCUGGCCACUUGGUGAAGUAGUCCAUAGCAAUUAGAAUCCACCUGUUACCGCUGUCUGUGGUUGGAAACGGCCCCACUAUGUCUAACCCCAGUCUCUUCACAAACCUACGAUAGUAGGAUGCCAGACCCAGGAAGCUCUUAACCUCUUUUUUUCCCCCUGGAACUGGCCACCCCCUCACAGCCUCCACUUUGUCUGGCAUCGUGCUGAUGCCCUCACCACCCAGCUGAUGACCCAGGAACGCCACCUCCCUUUGCAUGAAAUUGCACUUUUCCGGGUGUAAUUUUAGCCCCGCCCCCGAAAUCCUCUCCAACACUCGCCUAAGUGCCCCCAGUGCCCCCUCAAACGAUGUGCCGUGCACCAAUAUGUUGUCUAGGUACACGACACACUCGUCUCUCGGAACCCCCGCCAGCACUCUGUCCAUGAGCCUCUUAAAGGUGGCAGGAGCAUUACAGAGCCCGAAGCACAGCACCUUGAACUGCCAUUGGCCCCUAUCUGUGGAGAAGGCAGUUUUUUCACGUGCCCCAGGCGAGAGGGGCACCUGCCAGUAGCCACUGCGCAGAUCAAGGGAGGAGAACCACGAGGACCCUCUGACGUGGUCUAGCGACUCAUCGAUCCUCGGUAGGGGGUAAGAGUCUUUAGUGGUGACAGAAUUUAGGCCCCUGUAGUCAGCACAAAACCUAAGUUUACCCCCUUUCUUAGGCACCAUGACGACCGGCGCGGACCAUGGGCUAUCUGAUGGCUCAAUGAAAUCAGCCCGCAACAUGUCAGCAAUAGCUGUGUCUGCUGCUUCCCUCUUGGCAAGGGGAAUACGACGGAGCCAAAUUUUAAUGGGUCGGGCGUCCCCAGUGUCGAUGUCGUGCUGAACCAGGUGCGUUUGCCCUACCUCAUCUUCCCCUCAAGCGAAGCUAUCUUUAAAGUCAAACAGCAGCUGCUUUAACUGUCUCUGUUGUCUCUCAUCCAUACCUUGACAGUUUUUCAGCCACACAGCCUCAACGGCGUCGAUAACUUCCUCCUUCCCCCCGUCGGGCUGAUGGGGUGAAGGAGCCAGUGUGUUUUGGGCUACUGGGCUGCCUGUGCUUGCACCAUUAUGGGGAGUGAAGGUCGUUGCCACCGGAGACAGCUGCUGGGAUGGCACAAUGACCAAGGGAGCAGCCGGGACGACCAAUGGAGUUUCGGCAAGACAGAGGGACAGCCCUGCCCCCUGCUGGCCCUCCCGAAGGCGACAUUCCCACUGUGGGCCCCCCCGACAGCCUCAAAGUGCCCGAAGCUAAGUCCAACUGAGCCCCACAGUUUUUCAAAAAGUCCAUUCCCAGUAUACAGGGGUCCUGUACCGCUGCUACCCACACCGGACACCCCACAGUUCUCCCCCCCACAGUCACAGACAGCUGACACUUCCCUAACAUGGGGGCUAGCUCCCCCGUGACAGUCCGUAGCUGGACAAGGGUCGGCUCCACUCGCACCCCAACAGGUAGUAUGUCUGGUCUCACCAGGGUUACUGUAGAGCCCGUGUCGACCAGGGCCAAACAUUCCACCCCCUCUACCUUGACGAUGACAUUGCAGAAGUCCCCCACGGUAGUACGUCCCACCACAACUACCGGACUAGGAAACAAGGCGGCAGCUACACCCUGGGGGAGCAGGUCCCCACCCUCUUGCCUGUGCUGCUGGGUGCCUCUUCUGCUUACUGUGGGUUCGGGGGCGGGGGGGUGGGCCCGCGCUGCCCCCUGCGCGAGAACCCACUGUCGUUUCCCUGGUGACGGAAGAAUCUGCCACACUCCCGCUGAAUGUGGCCAGGCUGGCCACAACCCCAGCAGACAAUGGGAGUUGAGCUGACACUGCGAUGUUGCCUGGAGCCCCUCUCAAUGACAAGCGAAGCAGUCUUGACUAACCCGCCCAACUCGUCGACCCACUCUGGUUUGGUGACCUCCGGCACCCCGGCCGCCGCUGCUCUCAUCUCUGAUUGUCUGGCAACCUCCACUCCCACUCCCUCACCCCAGAUCAGCUCCCUCUUCCUGGCUAUCUCCACUGCAGCCCGCAGAGAUGGUGGGUCCGCCAUCUGAACAUGCUUACCCAGUUCGGUGGAAGAGAGCCCUCUAAUAAAACUGUCCCGUGCCAGCUCGUCUUGCACCCCAAUCGGCAUAGUUGCAUAAGCCCGCCUGGUCAGGCUCAGAAUACCACUUGCCAACGUCUUUAAUGAUUCCCCCUGAAGUCUCUUUUUGUUACUCAGUUCAAUCCGCAGCAUGUUGGGCUGCUCAUCGCUGCCAAAACGGCCCCCCAAUGCCUCCACUAGUGCACCGUAGUCGCCUCUCUCGUCCGGGGCUAGCGUUAGCAGGCAUUCCAAUGCCUCCUCUGCCAGGCUCAGGGCAAGAUGUAACGCUUUCGUCUCGUCAGACCACCUCCCGGCUCUAGCCAACAACUCGAAUUGAGUGAAAAAAACUUCCCAUUUACCUUAUCCAUUGAACUUUGGAAGUUUAGCCGCUACAGUGGCUAAUGGCAAUAGGGCGCUGCCAUCUCUGUUUACAUAAGCAGGCCCAGCCAUUUCCGCAUGCGGUGACGUCGACAUCCCCGUGACGUCUGUUCUGGUCGAGCUGUGUGAAGGAAAACCCACCAGUUCUGCCAUCUUGUUGACUGACAAUUUAACUUCCGCCAUGUGGCUCUCCAGCUCUUCUACAGCAGUCGUCGCCUGACCCUCCCGACCGGAUACCCCCGAGCCCACAACGGACACUUUGUCCGACUCUUCCUUAAUCUUCCGCCUCGCCCCGAGCAUCAUGACCGUAGAUGCGAGCCACGCUAAAGCCAACCACGGCCUAUACUGAAACAGCUAACUUGCCUAAUCUCGAUCUAUCCCGUAGUUCGAAAGCACUUCUGACACCAAUGUAAUGACCCAGCUGAGUCAUAAAGGAAAAGAAAGACGGGCACCAGGUGUACAGGCAGAACACAGGUUUAUUCCUAAAUGGGCUAUUGUUCAGGCCACAGCCCACGCCGCUAAAUCCCGAACGUACACAAAUAUAACAUGUCAAGUUAAGGGUCCCGAACAGAAGAGAGAGAGAUGAGACAGUAACCCCUAUUUAUGCAUUUCAAAACCCCGCGGGAUUACCCAUCAUACCCCCCGAACCUUUCCAUCUGUCCAGGCAUAUUUAACCCCUGCUAGCACCCAUGAGAACAAUAACACACCCACGAACACAGAACACAAUACUGGGUCAUUACAAUAUACACUGAGUGUACAAAACAUUAGGUAUACCUUAAUACUGCCAGAUGUGCAUAAUGGUGCCGGAGGAGAUGGCUGCCAUUUUACAGGCUCCUAACCAACUGUGCUAUUUUGUUAGUUUUUUCGCGUUCUUUGUAAAUUAUAUUUGUAAUUAUUGUGUACAUAAUGUUGCUGCUACCAUCUCUUAUGACCGAAAAUAACUUCUGGACAUCAGAUCAGCGAUUACUCACCUCGCACUGGACAAAGAUGUUUUCUUUAACGAGUCUGACACGAAGGAUAUACUGCUUUCUCUGGAACGGGCCCAAAUCCCCAUCAUUUGCGAUAUAAUUCACUGUGUCACAAUUCUAGUGGGUCAGAAGUUUACAUACACUAAGUUGACUGUGCCUUUAAACAGCUAGGAAAAUUCUAGAAAAUUAUGUCAUGGCUUUAGAAGCUUCUGAUAGGCUAACUUAAAUUUUUUGAGUCAAUUGGAGGUGUACCUGUGGAUGUAUUUCCAGGCCUACCUUCAAACUCAGUGCCCCUUUGCUUGACAUCAUGGGAAAAUCAAAAGAAAUCAGCAAAGACCUCAGAAAGAAAAUGGUAGACCUCCACAAGUCUGGUUCAUCCUUGGGAGCAAUUUCCAAAUGUCUGAAGGUACCACGUUCAUCUGUACAAACAAUAGUACGCAAGUAUAAACACCAUGGGACCACGCAGCCGUCAUACCGCUCAGGAAGGAGACGCGUUCUGUCUCCUAGAGAUGAACGUACUUUGGUGCAAAAAGUGCAAAUCAAUCCCAGAACAGCAGCAAAGGACGUUGUGAAGAUGCUGGAGGAAACAGAUCCAAAAGUAUCUAUAUUCACAGUGUAACAAGUCCUAUAUCGACAUAACCUGAAAGGCCGCUCAGCAAGGAAGAAGCCACUGCUCCAAAACCACCAUAAAAAAGCCAGACUACGGUUUGCAACUGCACAUGGGGACAAAGAUCGUACUUUUUGGAGAAAUGUCCUCUGGUCUGAUGAAACAAAAAUAGAACUGUUUGGCCAGAAUGAACAUCAUUAUGUUUGGAAGGAAAAUUAUGUGGAUAUAUUGAAGCAACAUCUCAAGACAUCAGUCAGGAAUUGAAAGCUUGGUCGCAAAUGGGUCUUCCAAAUGGACAAUGACCCCAAGCAUACUUCCAAAGUUGUGGCAAAAUGGCUUAAGGACAACAAAGUCAAGGUACUGGAGUGGCCAUCACAAAGCCCUGACCUCAAUCUUAUAGAAAAUGUGUAGGCAGAACUGAAAAAGCAUGUGCGAGCAUGGAGGCCUACAAACCUGACUCAGUUACACCAGCUCUGUCAGGAGGAAUGGGCCAGAAUUCACCCAAUUUAUUGUGGGAAGCUUGUGGAAGGCUACCCGAAACGUUUGACCCAAGUUAAAAAAUUUAAAGGCAAUGCUACCAAAUACUAAUUGAGUGUAUGUAAACUUCUGACCCACUGGGAAUGUGACGAAAGAAAUAAAAGCUGAAAUAAAUCAUUCUCUCUACUAUUAUUUUGACAUUUCACAUUCUUAAAAUAAAGUGGUGAUCCGAACUGACUUAAGACAGGGAAUUUUUACUAGGAUUAAAUGUCAGGAAUUGUGAAAAACUAAGUUUAAAUGUAUUUGGCUAAGGUGUAUGUAAACUUCCGACUUCAACUUUACAUAUCCCAACCAGAAGCCAUGGAUUAAAGGCAACAUCUGCAUCGAGCUAAAGGCUAGAGCUGCCGCUUUCAAGGAGUGGGACACUAAUCCGGACACUCAGACGAACCAUCAAACAGUCAAAGCAUCAAUACAGGAUUAAGAUUGAAUCCUACUACACCGGCUCUGACGCUCGUUGGAUGUGGCAGGGCUUGAAAACGAUUACAGACUACAAAGGGAAGCACAGCCGCGAGCUGCCCAGUGACACAAGCCUACCAAACGAGCUAAAUCAAUUCUAUGCUCGCUUCGAGGCAAGCAACACUGAAGCAUGCAUGAGAGCACCAGCUGUUCCGGAUGACUAUGUGAUCACGCUCUCCGUAGCCGAUGUGAGUAAAACUUUUAAGCAGGUCAACAUUCACAAGGCCGCAGGGCCAGACGGAUUACCAGGACGUGUACUCCGAGCAUGUGCUGACCAACUGGCAAGUGUCUUCACUGACAUUUUCAACAUGUCCCUGACUGAGUCUGUAAUACCAACAUAUUUCAAGCAGACCACCAUAGUCCCUGUGCCCAAGGACACUAAGAUAACCUGCUUAAAAGACUACCGACCCGUAGCACUCACGUCUGUAGCCAUGAAGUGCUUUGAAAGGCUGGUCAUGGCUCACAUCAACACCAUUAUCCCAGAAACCCUAGACCCACUCCAAUUUGCAUACCGCCCCAACAGAUCCACAGAUGAUGCAAUCUCUAUUGCACUCCAUACUGCCCUUUCCCACCUGGCCUAGAGGAACACCUACGUGAGAAUGCUAUUCAUUGACUACAGCUCAACGUUCAACACCAUAGUGCCUUCAAAGCUCAUCACUAAGCUAAGGAUGCUGGGACUAAACACCUCCCUCUGCAACUGGAUCCUGGACUUCCCGACGGGUCGCCCCAAGGUGGUAAGGGUAGGUAACAACACAUCUGCCACGCUGAUCCUCAACACGGGGGCCCCUCGGGGGUGCGUGCUCAGUCCCCUCCUGUACUCCCUGUUCACCCAUGACUGCAUGGCCAGGCACGACUCCAACACCUUCAUUAAGUUUGCCGACGACACAACAGUGGUAGGCCUGAUCACUGACAACGAUGAGACAGCCUAUAGGGAGGAGGUCAGAGACCUGGCCGUGUGGUGCCAGGAUAACAACCUCUCCCUCAACGUGAUCAAGACAAAGGAGAUGAUUGUGGACUACAGAAAAAAAAAGAGGACUGAACACGCCCCCAUUCUCAUCGACGGGGCUGUAGUGGAACAAGUUGAGAGCUUCAAGUUCCUUGGUGUCCACAUCACCAACAAACUAUCAUGGUCCAAACACACCAAGACAGACGUGAAGAGGGCACGACAAAGCCUAUAUCCCGACAAAGCCUAUAUAAGAUUUGGCACGGGUCCUCAGAUCCUCAAAAAGUUCUACAGCUGCACCAUCGAGAGCAUCCUGACUAGUUGCAUCACCGCCUGGUAUGGCAACUGCUCGGCCUCCGACCACAAGGCACUACAGAGGGUAGUGCGUACGGCCCAGUACAUCACUGGGGCCAAGCUUCCUGCCAUCCAGGACCUCUAUACCAGGCGUUGUCAGAGGAAGGCCCUCAAAAUUGUCAAAGACUCCAGCCACCCUAGUCAUAGACUGUUCUCUCUGCUACCGCACGGCAAGCGGUAGCGGAGCACCAAGUCUAGGUCCAAAAGGCUUCUCAACAGCUUCUACCCCCAAGCCAUAAGACUCCUGAACAGCUAAUCAUGGCUACCCGGACAAUUUGCACUGCCCCACACCCCUUCCCCCUUUUUUACUCUGCUUAUUAUUUAUACAUAGUCACUUUAACUCUACCCACAUGUACAUAUUACCUCAAUGACCUCGACUAGCCGGUGCCCCUGCACAUUGACUCUGCACCGGUACCCCCCUGUAUAUAGCCUCCCUACUGUUAUUUUAUUUUACUGCUGCUCUUUAGUUAUUUCUUUUGCUUAACACUUUAUUUUAAUUUGUUUUACUUUGCAUUGUUGGUUAAGGGCUUGUUAGUAAGCAUUUCACUGUAAUGUCUACACCUGUUGUAUUCGGCGCAUGUGGCAAAUACAAUUUGAUUUGAUAUGAUUUGAAGACUGAAACAGGUUUCCCUCAAGAAUUUCUCUGUAUUUAGCGCCAUCCAUCAUUCCUUCAAUUCUGACCAGUUUCCCAGUCCCUGCCGAUGAAAAACAUCCCCACAGCAUGAUGCUGCCACCACCAUGCUUCACUGUGGAUGGUGUUCUCGGGGUAAUGAGAGGUGUUGGGUUUGCGCCAGACAUAGCGUUUUCCUUGAUGGCCAAAAGGCUCAAUUUUAGUCUCAUCUGACCAGUGUACCUUCUUCCAUAUGUUUGGGGAGUCUCCCACAUGCCUUUUGGCGAACACCAAACGUGUUUGUUUAUUUUUUUCUUUAAGCAAUGGCUUUUUUUCUGGCCACUCUUCCGUAAAGCCCAGCUCUGUGGAGUGUACGGCUUAAAGUGGUCCUAUGGACAGAUACUCCAAUCUCCGCUGUGGAGCUCUGCAGCUCCUUCAGGGUUAUCUUUGGUCUCUUUGUUGCUUCUCUGAUUAAUGCCCUCCUUGCCUGGUCUGUGAGUUUUGGUGGGCGGCCCUCUCUUGGCAGGUUUGUUGUGGUGCCAUAUUCAUAUUCAUGGGAUAUUCAAAGUUUCUGAUAUUUUUUUACAACUCAACCCUGAUCUGUACUUCUCCACAACUUUGUCCCUGACCUAUUUGGAGAGCUCCUUGGUCUUCAUGGUGCUGCUUAGUGGUGUUGCAGAUUCUGGGGCCUUUCAGAACAGGUGUAUAUAUACUGAGAUCAUGAGACAGAUCAUGUGAUACUUAGAUUGCACACAGGUGGACUUUAUUUAACUAAUUAUGUGACUUCUGAAGGUAAUUGGUUGCACCAGAUCUUAUUUAGGGGCUUCAUAGCAAAGGGGGUGAAUACAUAUGCACGCACCACUUUUACGUUAUUUAUUUGUUAGAAUUAUUUGAAACAAGUACUUUUUUUCAUUUCACUUCACCAAUUUGGACUAUUUUGUGUAUGUCCAUUACAUUAAAUCAAUUUAAAUUACAGGUUGUAAUGCAACAAAAUAGGAAAAACGCCAAGGGGGAUGAAAACUUUUGCAAGGCACUGUGUAUGUACAAAUUACCUUGACUAACCUGUACCCCCGCACAUUGACUCGGUACCGGUACCCCCUGUAUAUAGCCUCGUUAUUGUUAUUUUGUGUUACUUUUUAUAAUUGUUUUACCUUAGUUUAUUUGGUAAAUAUUUUUUUAACUCUUUCUUGAACUGCAUUGUUGGUUAAGGGCUUGUAAGUAAGCAUUUCACAGUAAGUUCUCCACCUGUUGUACUCAGCGCAUGUGACAAAUAAUGUUCGAUUUGAUUUGAAUAUUGAGUUGCACCCCCUUUUUAGCCUUCAGAACAGCCUCAAUUCGUCGGGGCAUGGAUUCUACAAGUUGUCGAAAGUGUUCCACAGGGAUGCUGGUCCAUGUUGACUCCAAUGCUUCUCACAUUUGUGUCAAGUUGGCUGGAUUUCCUUUGGCUGGUGGAUCAUUCUUGAUACACAUGGGAAACUGUUGAGCGUGAAAUACCCAGCAGUGCUGCAGUUCUUGACGCACUCAAACCGGUGCACCUACUACCAAACCCUGUUCAAAGUCACUUAAAUGUUUUGUCUUGCCAAUUCACCCUCUGAAUGGCACACAUACACAAUUUAUGUCUCAAUUGUCUCAAGGCUUAAAAAUCCUUCUUUAACCUGUCUCCUCCCCUUCAUCUACACUGAUUGAAGUGGAUUUAACAGGUGACAUCAAUAAGGGAUCAUAGCUUUCACCUGGAUUCACCUUGUCAGUCUAUGUCAUGGAAAGAGUUUUGUACACUCAGUGUAUAUAAAACACAGGAAAAUCACAGUUUGGACUGCACUGAUCCUUUAAGUAGAAAAUGUGCACCAAUAUUGAAUUUUUAAAAGCCAUUUAUAUUUAAUGACAUGACCUUUAAUAUAGACCACAUGGAGAAUUCAAUCAAUCAGAAUGAAUAGACCUUCUAAAGUGCCAAAAUUCCGAAUUUUACAUCUCCCUCUCUGCACCCUCUGUUACUUCCAGGAAGAUUUUAAUCCACAUGACACCAACAUUUCUCCAAGUUUUCACCAUCAUUGUAAAGCCCUAGUUAUUUUGUUGCUUUGACAAUGUAAUUUCUGAAGAUUAAUGAAAAAAAUAAGUAAACCUGGCCCUCAUUUGAAGAUCAACCCUGUUACCUGAACUGAACUCUCGUUUUAAUAUGGUGAAACUAUUCCUUUUAAAUACUUUUUUCAAAAGAAACAUUGAACAUCUAAUAGUCAAAUCAUAGUGUAAAAGCAGGUGGGCUGGUUCUACUCUUUUGGCCAUUUUGUGGUGAAAAACUGGGUGGGUGGAACAUAACACGUCAACACUGUUACCCAUAGAUAGACAGGUUAGGCAUGUUUAAACAAUGUUUUUUGUUUUUUUACUUGCAUUCAAUUGUCCCUCCCUGUUGCACACAACAAGCUUCCAUGCCCCUGUCACAAGUGGAUUUACGGCUGAUUUAAGGUGAAAUCGUCAACCUGGUUACUUUAUUUGACACGCAACAGGCACUUACUAUAGUUAUUUUUGUAUUUACCCUCUUGAGAUGGGAAAACUUGUUUUUUUAUUAGGUUCAACAUGUGCUCUUUAUGACAUAAUUUUUUUCCCCCACCAAGUUACACAUCUCAAAAGGCACCGAAUUGGUGGAAUGACCCACCUGCCCCUCUCUAUCCUGUAUCAGGGAUCUUUUUCUCUCUGGAGUACAACAUCACACCUUACCUAAGAAGAAAAUGCCUUCUUCCUGAUGAUGAUGGUGAGUGAAAAUCCCAGCGUGUUGUUGGAGUAGAGGUUCUUGUUUGUGGAAUUUCCUGCCCCCUGGAAUUUAUGUUCCCCUCCCUGCUCUUCUUUGUUCCUCUCUGUCCCCCUCCCUACCCCUCCCGGCCCGUCUCUGUUCGGUAUCGGGGAUCUUUGUCCCUCUGGAGUAUAAAAGACAGACAGACCUCACCUGAGAGACAACCUGCCUCCUCUCCUCCAUCUACACUUCAUCCAUCCAUCCAUCCAUCCAUCCAUCUCACCAACAGAUCUACGAGGGAGAGAGAGAAGAGAGAGAAGGAGGAGAAACAGAGAGAUGAGCCCAACACAACAAAACAGAGGGCAGACAGUCAAACGAGGGAAGAGUUGAACCACAGUUUGGACAGACCUACUAAUUCCAGAGCUUUUCUUUGUUUUUUUUUCAACAAAACAGAGGACAGACAUUCAAACGAGGGAAGAGUUGAACCACAGUUUGGACAGACCUACUAAUUCCAGGGCUUUUCUUUAUUUUUUUUGCUAUUUGCUAUUUCACUUGCUAUUUCACAGUAUACAGAUCACAUAAGGCCUUCAUCUUCAUACACCAUUCUCAGUCAGACAAAUGGUUUGCUGUUGAUGAAUAGUACUUCAUCUUUCACUUGCUAUUUCACAGUGACAACAGACAGACAGACAUGCUCUUCAAAGUACAGGUAAGCACCAGCCAAUAUAGUCACUCACUAUGCAUAUAACCUAUAUGAGAGUUAUAUGAAAUUAUUUAUAUUUAUAGUAUGGGUCUCUCUCUAUUCUAUCCCCUGUCAGUGUGUAAGGUUAGAGCUCUAGAAAGGACGUUGUUGACUAUUGGUGAUGUGUGGAACUGUAAUGUGACCAAUAUGGACCCCAUGCAUUAAUUGAUCCAUCAUAUAUUGAUAUAUGUGGGUCUCUCUCUACUCCACUGACAGUCAGUGUGUGAGGUUAGAAGCCCAGAGAGAAUAAAGUUGUAUGUAUGUAUGUCUGUCUGUCUGUGAUUUGUAUGGUGAAUACUUCAGCUGUUAGACUCCAGUUUUAUCAUCUUAUACGAUUAGGUGUUUUUUAAAAUAAUUUGAUGUCAUGGGGUGUUCUGUUUUAAUGACUCACGUCACACUUGGCUACAUAACGCUCACCAAUUGAACGCUGUUUGGGUCAGUACUCGUCUCAUUAUCUGAACUGUCAAAUAACACACAGGUGAUUUUUUAAAACUGAAAACAACAAACUGUAAGGAAUUCCGGUAGGCCUAGCCUAAAACUGAAAAGUACAAAAUGAUAAAGAAAGUUUUUAUGUUCAUUCUUUCCCUCUGUCUCUCAAGACUGUAUUAAUGCAUACUGCUGUCUGUCUGUUUCUGUGUUUGUCAGAGAUCCUUCAGACCCAUGUCUGCUACACUGAGAGGACUCCACCAGUCUGCCCUGGACGGUAAGCUCAGCUCAGCACUCUUCUCUGUACUGUGUACUCUCUGCUGUUUCCAUCCUGUGUUAGGAUUUUCCUUUAUCACAAUAUCAAAACACACACACACACAAACACAAACACGUUCGUUAAGUGUUUCUUUCUGGCUUGGCCAUGAGGAAGCUGAUGUUUGACAGUAGUAAAUAUUGGUCUGUUCUGUUCUAUUCAUACAGGCUGUGUUGGUCAGGUCUAUACUGUACAUAGACCUAGGCUACAUAGACCUACAUUGACAUAGGCUGUCUGUGUUGGUUCUCUAACUCUCCGUCUCAGUUCAGACGUGAAUAAACUGAGCUUAGAACAUACUGGGGAGGUUUUAAACAUUCCUGUCUUCUCCUGUCAUCGUCUCCCUUCUUCUCCCCUCUCCUCGUCCUCUUCAACACCUCCUCUCCCCCUCUCCCUCCCUGCUCCUCUCCUUCUCUCCCCACUCUCUUCCUGCCCCUUUCCACCUCUCCCCCCUCACCCCCCCUCCGCCUCCUCCUCCUCUCCUUCCCCUCCUCCUCUCCGUCCUCCUCCCCACUCUUCCUUUCAUCCCCUCCCCCAUCCUCCUUCUCUCCUCCUUCCCAUUCCCUCCUCUCCUCUUUCCCUCCAGUGAUGCAGCAUCCAGCCUCAGAGGACAGUGUGACGGCCAGUUUUGGACAGUUCAUCCAGGGUGUCCAGCCCCACCACCUGACCCCCACCCUGCUCCACCGUAGCAAGAGGAUGGUUCUGGACUCCAUCGGAGUGGGACUACUGGGCAGCACCACACAGGUCUUCCAACUGGCCCUACAACACUGUCAGGUGAGAUAAUAGAAUAGAUGCUUUAUUGUCCAUUUGUAACAACGGAAACUUGUCUUCUGCCUUUCCCAACAUCCCUAGAUAUACACACGCACACACGUUGAGAGGCACAGGGUCAGCCACACAGAGCGCCCCUGGAUGCAGAGCAAUUGUGAGGGGUUAAGUGCCUUGCUCAAGGGCCCAAUGGCAGGGGAUGGUAUAUUGGAUCAGAGACCAGCAGCUUUGCAGCAGCUUAUUAUGUGUCGCCCGGGACUUGAACCAGCACCUUUCAGCUUCCUUUUCUCCUCGUCUCCUUCCCUUCACCCUUAACCCUACCCCUAACUGAUGUGAAAGCGGAUAGCUUGUAGUGAUGUCAAUCUACCAUGUUUGCACAUCAGUGCACAUGAAGGAGAGGACACAAGGAGAUGAGGCAAGGACGUUUCUCUGACUGACAGCUCAAUGAGUCCAGUCCAGUGCUGUAACAGUGUGUAAGAGGCAGAGAAAGCCUGCGGACAACACACAGUAACUGGAGCUAGGUUUAAGGUUAGACAGAGACAAUUGACAGACUACAUAACUUUUAGAAGCAGACACUCUGUCAUCCCUUAAAGAGUCAGGACAGGAAUGGAGGAAUGGAGUGUACUCUGUAAAGAUUGGUCACUCCCCAUGGUGAUUGAGUUCCUGUGUAGCCGUGUGGAAACACAGUGUGAUAUGGACACAGUGUUGUUAGGAAGAGGAGAAAAACAGUUUGUUUUAACAGUUCUGUUGUCUGUCUGUUCUGUCUCUAUAACGCCCCCUACCGUCUAUCCUCUGUCCUGCAGCACAUGUACGCUCCCGAUGACAUCAGUUCUGUUUACGGACGCAGAGGAACCAGACUCUCCCCAACCCUUGCUGCCUUUGUCAACGGAGUGGCCGUGAGUAGAUACAUCUACAGUAGAUCUGCAUAGACAUGAGUGUAGAUAUGUAAGGUAGAAUAGCAUAGACACUGUAGCGAAGAGACAGUGGAUAUACAGUACCAGUCAAAAGUUGACACACCUACUCAUUCCAGGGUUUAUCUUUAUUUUUACUAUUUUCUACAUUGUAGAAUAAUAGUGAAGAAUUCAAAACUAUGAAAUAACACAUAUGGAAUCAUGUAGUAACCAAAAAUUGUGUUAAACAAAUCAAAAUAUAUUUUAUAUUUGAGAUUCUUCAAUAUAGCCACCCUUUGCCUUGAUGACAGCUUUGCACUCUCUUGGCAUUCUCUCAACCAGCUUCAUGAGGUAGUCACCUGGAAUGCAUUCCAAUUAACAGGUGUGCCUUCUUAAAAGUUAAUUUGUGGAACUUAUUUCUUUCUUAAUGCGUUUGAGCCAAUCAGUUGUGUUGUGACAAGGAAGGGGUGGUAUACAGAAGAUAGCCCUAUUUAGUAGAAUACCAAGUCCACAUUAUGGCAAGAGCAGCUCAAAUAAGCAAAGGGAAACGACAGUCCAUCAUUACUUUAAGACAUGAAGGUCAGUCAAUACAGAACAUUUCAAGAACUUUGAAAGUUUCUUCAAGUGCAGUCGCAAAAACCAUCAAACGUGUUACGGAUACAGGUAUCCUGUAUGUGUAUUUGUUUUUCCUCUCCUUCAGUCGUAAUCACAGGUGUCCCUUGUUUUCCUGAUUGGUGGUCGUUGGGGUGUCCCACCUGUCCGACAUCCGUUCGUCUGCUGAUUGCUGAGGUGGACCAAUCAGUGGACACUCCUCCGUUUUGCACCACCUGUUUCUGGUUUUUCAUUACCAUGUCACAUCCCCUGGUUUUAAAAAGCCAGUCAGUUGUGUUUUCUGACAGAGAAAACUCUUUGUGAGUAUGGAUCAUGUGGUGUCUUGUUUUUGUGUACUCAUGCAAGUGCAGUCUAGUCCAUAUUGGACCUAUGUUGUUUGUUUGUGCCUGGGAAAAAGGGGGUUUAGCAAGUCGCCCUUGGGCAUACACACUAGUUAGACCUGUCUAACACACUAGUUAGACCUGAGCGGACCACCCACUGUAUUUUUGUAUGGUUAGCAGUAGCUUAGUGGUUCUUGAGGCAGGCAAGAUCAGUUUAGUUUUUUUUUACUUUAUUGUUUCCUUCCUUGGGUCCAGCUCAGCCCCUUUUCCCCAAACUGUUUAUUGUGUGUUUAUAAUAAACAUUUUGUCUUUGACGGUAGCAUAUGGUUGUUGGUGUAUUUUGUUCUCACUGUUCCUUGUCAAUAUUCUAAUUCGCAUGAGUUAUGUUACAGGUCUCUUUUCCAUCCACCCUAGACUUUUAAAGCCACGGGGUUCGUAACAUAACGUGGGGGUUCGUCCGGGAUAUCUCAAUGAUACCCAUGCCACUCAUGCAAAUUGGUUUAGUGUCUGGUUCAGUGUUGAGCUUGGCAGCUGUGACUAGCUGGUUUCGUGUGCAGUAUUUGUCGGCUCGUGUUGCUAGCUUAAGAUGGCUACUUUUGAUUUGGAUGCCUUUUUGGAAAAACCUACGUGGGAAGUUUUUGAUAAUUGCCGUAGAGUGGAUCUACAGGCUUUGGCUGACCACUUUUCUAUACCCAUACCGAGGGUUUUAGUGAAAGCGGAAGUUAGGAAAGUGGUGUUAGAGGUAUUAUUGAACGAUCGAGUGCUUGAGUUACCGCCGCCUGAGCCUGCUGCUCCUGUAGGGGAUGUGGCUGCUGCUCCUGUAAGCCCGUCGGUGUCUGAGGACAAGGGCGAGGCUAAGGCUCCAGACAUAGCCCCGUUUUGACCCACUCCCCACUGUCAGACAGUGAUGCCAGGAUGGAUGUCCACUCGACACUGCUCCAAAUGGAGGCGGAAGAGAGGGCACAAAUCAGGCGAGAAAAGUUGGAGAUGCGUAAGCUAAAGGCAGAACUGGAGACACGUAGACUUGAUCAAGAACUGGAGACGCGUAAGAUGGAACUGGAGGCAGAGACAGCGAGGUUAGUCACUGCUCAUGCUAUGCCUGCUAGGAAGCCGUCCUCACCAGCUGUGUCGUCUGCUACUUUUGAUAUUAGUAGACAGAUCACCUUAGUACCUGUGUUUAGGGAGUCAGAGGUUGACUCCUAUUUUAGUGUUUUUGAGCGUAUAGCAGUAGCAUUGAAAUGGCCCGAAGAGGUAUGUUGCCUAUUACUUCAGUGUAAAUUAAAGCCCAAGAGGUUCUGUCAGCGCUACCUCUUGAAGACAGCUUGAAUUAUGACGUGGUCAAAGCUACUGUUCUUCGUGCCUAUGAGCUGGUUCCUGAGGCAUAUCGACAGAGAUUUAGGUCUCAUAAAAAGUAUUCGACUCAGACUUCUUUGGAGUUUGCUAGAGACAAAGGAAAUCUGUUUGACAAAUGGCACACUGCUAGUAAGGUAACUGAUUUUAACUCUACGGGAGUUAAUCUUGUUAGAAGAGUUAAAAAAUGGCUUACUCGGCCGCAUUGUAGUUUACCUAAACGAACAGAAAGUAUCCUCACUGUCGGAAGCGUCUGUAUUGGCAGACGAGUUUGUGUUGACGCACAAGAGCGUGUUUUCGGCUCAUAAGGAGAGCAGGGCUGCGGAGUUGCUAACUCUUAGCCCUAGUCGACCAGCAGUACAUCCAGCAUGCCCGAAAGAUGUGUGUCACUGUUUCUAUUGUCAUAAGGUGGGACAUAUACAGUUGAAGUCGGAAGUUAACAUACACCUUAGCCAAAUACAUUUAAAAUCAGUUUUUCACAAUUCCUGACAUUUAAUCCUAGUAAAAAUUCCCUGUUUUAGGUCAGUUAGGAUCACCACUUUAUUUUAGGAAUGUGACAUUUCAGAAUAAUAGUAUAGAGAGUGAUUUAUUUCAGCUUUUAUUUAUUUCAUCACAUUUCCAGUGGGUCAGAAGUUUACAUACACUCAAUUAGUAUUUGGUAGCAUUGUCUUUAAAUUGUUUAACCUGGGUCAAACGUUUAGGGUAGCCUUCCACAAGCUUCCCACAAUAAGUUGGGUGAAUUUUUGCCCAUUCCUCCUGACAGAGCUGGUGUAACUGAGUCAGGUUUGUAGGCCUCCUUGCUCGCACAUGCUUUUUCAGUCCUGCCCACAAAUGUUCUAUAAGAUUGAGGUCAGGGCUUUGUGAUGGCCACUCCAAUACCUGUUGUCCUUAAGCCAUUUUGCCACAACUUUGGAAGUAUGCUUGGGGUCAUUGUCCAUUUGGAAGACCCAUUUGCGACCAAGCUUUAACUUCCUGACUGAUGUCUUGAGAUGUUGCUUCAAUAUAUCCACAUAAUUUUCCUUCCUCAUGAUGCCAUCUAUUUUGUGAAGUGUACCAGUGCCUCCUGCAGCAAAAUACCCCCACAGCAUAAUGCUGCCACGCCCGUGCUUCACGUUUGGGAUGGUGUUCUUUAGCUUGCAAGAUACCCCCAUUUUCCUCCAAACAUAACGAUGGUCAUUAUGACCAAACAGUUCUAUUUUUGUUUCAUCAGACCAGAGGACAUUUCUCCAAAUUUUGGAGCAGUGGCUUCUUCCUUGCUGAGCGGCCUUUCAGGUUAUGUCGAUAUAGGACUCAUCUUACUGUGGAUAUAGAUCAUUUUGUACCUGUUUCCUCCAGCAUCUUCACAACGUCCUAUGCUGUUGUUCUGGGAUUGAUUUGCACUUUUCGCACCAAAGUACGUUCAUCUCUAGGAGACAGAACGCGUCUCCUUCCUGAGCCGUAUGACAGCUGUGUGGUCCCGUGGUGUUUAUACUUGCGUACUAUUGUUUGUAUAGAUGAACGUGGUACCUUCAGGCGUUUGGAAAUUGCUCCCAAGGAUGAACCAGACUUGUGGAGGUCUACAAUUUUCUUUCUGAGGUCUUGGCUGAUUUCUUUUGAUUUUCCCAUGAUGUCAAGCAAAGGGGCACUGAGUUUGAAGGUAGGCCUUGAAAUACAUCCACAGGUACACCUCCAAUUGACUCAAAUGAUGUAAAUUAGCCUAUCAGAAGCUUCUAAAGCCAUGAUAUCAUUUUCUGGAAUUUUCCAAGCUGUUUAAAGGCACAGUCAACUUAGUGUAUGUAAACUUCUGACUCACUGGAAUUGUGAUACAGUGAAUUAUAAGUGAAAUUAUCUGUCUGUAAACAAUUGUUGGAAAAAUUACUUGUGUCAUGCACAAAGUAGAUGUCCUAACCAACUUGCCAAAACUAUAGUUUGUUAACAAUACAUUUGUUGUUGAAAAACAAGUGUUAAUGACUCCAACCUAAGUGUAUGUAAACCUCCGACUUCAACUGUAUAUAAUAAUUGCUUUCUGCACGCCAGGCCGCCAACGGGUGUUGGGCUGAUUCGUACGGUUGUAAGGCCAGAAUCAAAACAGAUGCCUCGUGGUAAAUUUGGUUUGAAAGUCCCAGAUCGCAGCUAUGAACCGUUCAUUUUUGAGGGGUUUGUUUCCAUAUCAGAUGACGAAGCGUCUCAGCAUCCGGUUAGAAUCCUUAGAGAUACUGGUGCAGCCAGUCGUUCAUACUAUCUGAUGUGUUGCCCUUGUCCGAUAAUACAUAUUGUGGUUCCAGUGUGUUAAUACAGGGAAUUGAAAUGGGAUUCGUCCCAGUGCCAUUGCACUUUGUGAACGUACACUUUGAGUUAGUCAGUGGAUUGUUCAGAGUUGGAGUACGUCCUAUGUUGCCAGUAAAAGGUGUGACAUUUAUAAUGGGCAACGGUAUUGCCGGAGGAAAGGUGAUACCCGUAUUGGAGGUAUUAGAUGAAAGUGACCAGUCUCUCUCAGAGGAGCUGGCACAGGGUUAUCCACAUUUGUUCCCCACUUGUGCUGUCACACGUGCUCAAGAACGACAAGUGGGUGACGUGAUAGAUUUGUCAAACACGACUCUAUUCAGAGAGUGUGACCCAGAGGAUGGCUUGUGUGCUACCUCUGGUAAGGUGGUGUGGUCUGACCAACAGCCCAAGGAAGGGAAGAAGUAUGUGGAACUUGUUGCGGAUGCAAUACAGUUACUAGUCACUCGUGAGCAGCUGAUUGCUAACCAAAAGGUUGACAUUAGCCUGGCUAAAUGUUUUUCUAGUGUUGUCUCAGAGGAGGAGCUAAAGAAGAAAAACAUGGCAUACUUCAUUGAUGGUAAUCUCCUCAUGCGUAAAUGGGCAUCCCAUGUUGGCGCUGGCGGAGAUUGGAAUGCUGUUUACCAAAUAGUGAUUCCUACAGCCUUUCGACAAAAUGUUUUAUCCCUCGCUCAUGAUCACCAGUGGUCCGGACAUCUGGGAGUCACCAAGACUUAUGAUCGGGUUUUUCGACAUUUCUUUUGGCCCGGUUUAAAACAAGAUGUGGCUCAGUUCUGUUGGACAUGCCACACCUGUCAAGUAACUGGGAAACCGAACCAGGUUAUUCCUCCCGCUCCUCUUUGUCCCAUACCUGUCAUAGGUGAACCAUUUGAACAUGUGAUGGUUGAUUGUGUUGGACCAUUACCGAAGACAAAAGCUGGUAACCAGUUUCUGUUGACAGUUAUGUGUGUGGCCACCAGAUUCCCAGAAGCCAUUCCUCUGCGAAGGAUUACUGCUCCGGUGGUGAGUAAAGCCUUGAUUAAAUAUUUCUCAACUUUUGGGUUACCUAAGGUGGUACAAACUGAUCAAGGUACGAAUUUCCUUUCUAAGCUUUUCAAACAAGUGUUAAAAUCCUUGUCAGUUACACACCGUGUGUGAAGCGCAUAUCACCCAGAGUCUCAGGGUGCGCUUGAACGUUGGCAUCAGACACUGAAGUCUAUGCUCCGUAAAUAUUGUUAGGAAUCUGAGAAGGAUUGGGAUGAGGGAGUUCCUCUAGUUUUGUUUGCUGUCUGUGAGACGGUACAGGAAGCCCAGAGUGAAGGAAAAGCAGCCAACAAGUGCUCAGCAUAUGUGGGAACUCCUUCAAGAGUGUUGGAAAAGCAUUCCAGGUGAAGCUGGUUGAGAGAAUGCCAAGAGUGUGCAAAGCUGUCAUCAAGGAAAAGGGUGGCUACUUUGAAGAAUCUCAAAUAUAAAAUAUAUUUUGAUUUGUUUAACACUUUAUUGGUUACUACAUGAUUCCAUGUGUUAUUUCAUAGUUUUGAUGUCUUCACUCUGCAAUGUAGAAAAUAGUAAAAAUAAAGAAAAACCCUUGAAUAAGUAGGUGUGUCCAAACUUUUGACUGGUACUGUACAUAAAAUAGAACAUUAGCCACGAGGGAAACACUGACCUAAAGCACAUCAUCACCACCACCACCACAGUCAUUCAGCCACACAAGCUGGAAAAUGGAAACCCUCAACAUUCACCUUCUGUUUGUAGGUUAGAGUUAAACAGACAGGUCUAAAUAUAAAUAUGAAGCGAUGAUGGGCAGAUCCAGGCAUGUGCACAGAUAGAGGCCUAGGGGUGCUGGUCAAUGCCUGCUAUAGUUAUUACACCUGUUCAUCGCUGGCUAGGGUUAGCACAUUAUUGUUAACAGAGAGGGAGAGGCAGAGAACAUAGAUAUAUGUGGACACUAUAGGGCUCCUAUUACCACAGAGAGACAGACAGACAUACAGACAGACAGGUCAUAAAGACAGAGUAGCCAGCAUCCCAUAAAAACUUCCAGCAACAGAUUUAAUUGUCAGUAUUUGUCACUAUUUACUUUCUCAUGUGGUAAACCAACUGUGUUCAACCACCUUCCUUGGUUUUCUAACGAAAAUAACAUUUUGAUCAUUAAAGCAAUGAGUCUGAUAAUAACUGUGGUCUUUCCAUUGUCUGUCUCCAUUGCAUGUCUGUUGUCCAAGAUAACUGUAUGUUGUCUGUCUGUUGUCUCUGGGCUAACUGUGUCUUUUGUGUGCCUGUUGUGUGUCGGUUGUCCUGUCCAGGCCCACUCCAUGGACUUUGACGACACCUGGCACCCUGCUACUCACCCGUCGGGGGUGGUCCUUCCUGCCCUACUGGCGGUCAGCGACAUGCUGCCCAACAACAGAAAGCCUAGUGGGCGGGACUUCCUGUUGGCCUUCAACGUUGGGAUAGAGGUCCAGGGACGCCUGAUGAGGUUCUCCAACGAGGCUCACAACAUCCCCAAGAGGUGAGGACUGGACCAUUACUCUGGUGCUCUCUAUUGGGCUGUAACAUAAAGUAUUCUCAAUGCCUACAGGUCUGUUUGUGUGGUAUUCUACCAGCCUGUCUGUGGGAUAGGAGAGGCUCAGUGGCUAGUCUAAUUUGUUUAGUUUAACAGGUGGAUUCCCUCAGACAUAUAGGUGUUUAUACACCAUUACAGACACUCUACUUUGUUUACACUGUGAGAAUACGCUGAAAUGACUUAUAAUUUGUUAAUUCCCUCAAGACCGCUGAAACAGACUCUCAGCCUCUCCUCCCUACGCAGGCCUAUACUGUAUAAACCUGAUGACUGUCCUGUAGUAUUCUGUUCUGCACUAGACAGACACCUGUCCUCACUUUAGACAAAUGCAGGUUAGCGUUUUUGAUCAGGAAUCUUGUUCUGGAGGCAGCUUUGCAGAGUGAUCACUAACUGGCAUAAAAUCUGAUUUGAAACCUAACCCUAACCACACUGCUAUCUCUAUUGCCUAACUCUAACCUUAAAUUAAGACCAAAAGCUAAUAUUUGUUUUCAUGAAUAUAGCCAAUUUUGACUUUGCAGCUGGCCUAUCUAAGGGGAAAGUGCUCAGUUCUGCCUCCAGGACAAGACUCAUGACAAUAAACGUCCACCUGCUAGACAGACACCUGUACUCACUGGCCCAGCACUCAUUUAAUAAUGACUGAGCUGUCAGACACUUUACUCAAGAUUACUCAAUUGGGCUGCUACUAAAAAAUACAUGUUUAUUUUAGUUUUAGUUUAGUCAUCAACCUGUGCUUCCAAAACAUCUGGGCCCAGAUUCACAAAACACUUCUUAUGCAAAAACUUAAGAAGCUUCUUAAGGAAAAAAAUAAGAAGUUCAAAAGAUAGUUCGCAAGUGCAAUUCCUCAACAAUAUCUUAAGAUUGUAUGAUUUUCUUACCAACUUCUCAAAUAUCUUCUUACAAAUAGUCUUAAGAUGUUUGUUGCUAGGCAACCGUUUUAGCUAGCUAUCUAGCUAGCAAUGGCAAUCAUGUUAGCAUAUUUCUUAUUAAGAUUACAGUUCUAAAACAUGUUCUUGGGUUUAAAAUAAUCAAUAUUGAAACUAUCAGAUGAAGUUUGUGAGUGAAUUAAACAUGUUCCAUUGCUUUCAUUAGCUUUUUCUCUCACUGCCCUGAGUUUAAAACAAAGGUUUAGCUAUCUUGGAAUUAAGAACAUUUCCAAUAACUUUAUUUUCAAGAAUCUAAUUUCUUCUUAACUUUUUGCUUAACCUCUACGGGAUCGUUGUCCUGUAUACGGGACGGUUGAGCUAACGUGCGCUAACGUGAUUAGCAUGACUGUUGUAAGUAACAGCAAACUUUCCAGGACAUAGACAUGUCUUAUAUGGGCAGAAAGCUUAAAUUAUUGUUAAUCUAACUACACUGUCCAAUUUACAGUAGCUAUUACAGUGAAAAAAGACCAUGCUAUUGUUUGAGGAGAGUGCACAACAACAAUAAACUUAUCACGGCAACUGGUUUGAUACAUUCACCUCUGAAGGUAAAUAAUGUACUUACAUUCAGUAAUCUUGCUCUUAUUUGUCAUCCUAAGGGUCCCAGAGAUAAAAUGUAGCAUAGUUUUGUUUGAUAAAAUGUAACAAUUGACCAAUUCAGCACAUUUGGGCAGACUUGAUACAGAAUAGUCCAGUAUUGCAAUGCUUCACUGGAUCAAUCUGACAUUUUGCACACACUGCUGCCAUCUAGUGGACAAAAUCUAAAUUGCGCCUAAACUGCAAUAUCAUAUUGUGGCCUUUCUCUUGCAUUUCAAAGAUGGAACAAAAAAAUAAAUAGAAAACGCAUGUUUUUUUUGUUUCUAUUAUCGUUUAUCAGAUCUAAUGUGUUAUAUUCUCCUACAUUCAUUUCACAUUUCCACAAACUUCAUAGUGUUUCCUUUUAAAUGGUAUCAAGAAUAUGCAUAUCUUUGCUUCAGGUCCUGAGCUACAGGCAGUUUGAUUUGGGUAUGUCAUUUUAGGCGAAAAUUGGAAAAAAGGGUCCGAUCCUUAAGAGGUUAAGGAGAAACAUAAGAAAUAGCGCAAUAACAUUUCCAAUAACCUUUUUGGGGAAUAUCAACUUUGCUUAACUUUCUUCUUAAGUCUAUAAUUAAGGAAAAAAUGGUAAUUAAGAAGAAAUGUAUUCUUAAGAAGGUUUUGUGAAUCUGGGCCCCCCUCCCUCCAGGUUCCACCCUCCCACCGUCGUGGGUACUCUGGGUAGUGCUGCAGCCUGCGCCCGCCUCCUCUCUCUGGAACGCUCUCAGUGUAGCCACGCCCUGGCCAUCGCUGCCAGCCUAUCAGGAGCCCCCAUGGUGAACGCGGCCACCCAGUCUAAACCCCUCCACAUUGGCAACGCUGCGCGGCUGGGGCUGGAGGCAGCUCUACUGGCCUCAAUAGGACUGGAGGCCUCGCCCAGAGUCCUUGAUGACAACGCCGGGGUAGCGGGGUUCAGCGCCUUCUAUGAGGACUACGCCCCACGACCUUUAACCUCUCCAGAGGAGGAGGGGGUGCGGUUCCUGCUGGAGGACCAGGACAUGGGGUUCAAGAGGUUCCCGGCCCACCUGGGGAUGCACUGGGUGGCCGACGCUGCUGCCUCUGUGCAUAAGCUGCUGCAGGGGAGGGGGCAGGGGUCACAGGUCGUAGGUCAGGUCCAGGACAUCCUGCUGAGGGUUCCCUGCUCCAAGUACAUUAACCGUCCGUUCCCGGAGUCAGAGCACCAGGCCAGACACUCCUUCCAGUUCAAUGCCUGCUCUGCCCUGCUGGACGGGGAGGUCACCGUGUUCUCAUUCUCCCAGGAGGCACUAAAGCGCCCCGACCUGCUGGCCUUGCUGAGGCGUGUCCGCGUCGAGCAUCCCCAUGACAACCCGGCUAACUUCGACCGCAUGUACGGCGAGGUGCAGGUGACGCUGGUGGGUGGGGAUGUGCUGAAGGGACGCUGUGAUACUUUCUAUGGCCACUGGCGCAACCCGCUGACCAAUGAGAGCCUGAGGAAGAAGUUCCGUAGCAACGCGGGGGCGGUCCUACCCAGGGAGAAGGUGGAGGGGCUGAUUGAGGCUGUAGAGGGACUGGACAGACUGGAAGACUGCUCUCUUCUACUGGCACAGCUG